UAUGUAUAUAUAUGUAUAUAUAUAUAUAUUUAAAUCGUAUAAACAGUUAAACUACAAAAUAAGCGCUCAUAUUUAAAAAUGUGCGAAGAAACUUCGAUAAGCGAAUGUGAGCCGACAACUUUGAUGAUGCACUCGAACACUUAUCAUAUCCAUUUGCCGCUGUACAUAAUGGAUAUGGUGCGCAUAUUCCAGGAUCAUCCGAAAUAUGUGAACGGCAUUAAGGAGAAGCAUAUUGUGGAGAUGUUGGAGAAGGAAUCCUUUGCCUGUGGCGACUUGGAGGCUCAGGUGAAGACAGCGGUUAUGGACUUGUCGGCAAAGGGCUUUAUACGCUUCAUUAACAACGGCUAUCGCACAUUGGGGCCCAUUGCCAAGCUGGCCAAUGCUCGGAACGUGCGGCACUUUUGCGCCACCUGGCAGCGCAUUGCCGAACUACAGAAGGUCAACUCGGAUAUCCUGGAUGGCAGCAGCUCCCUAAACACUCACCGCCACAAGUGUAACAGGCGUGGCUCCAGCUGCUAGUUGGCCAAAAUGCCAAAAUGACAAAUGGCCAAAUGCAGCCGGCAAAUGUUUUCUUUGUUUGUUAUUUAGUUACGUUUCAAAUUUAGUUUAGUUCCACUCAACGGCCACGCAACCAUUGUACAAAUUCAAAUAGUUCUGUUUCAAGUCCAUAUCCAAAUUAUUGUUAAACCCGAAAAAAAGCAAUGAAUAAACCAAAUUGUGUCUU